UUCAAGAUAACAGUAUAUUCGUGGUGUAUUCAGGCCUUAAAGCAAAAACAAAAGAACUGGUUACACUGAAAUUUUUGGCAAUAAAUUGUAAGUUAAGGAAAACAAAGCGCCCUCAGGCAAUAACUUCCCCCAAGCCAGUAAGUUAGCUUCCAACUAGAACAAUGGUGUGCGUGCCCUGUUUCAUCAUUCCACUGCUGCUGUACAUUUGGCACAAGUUCGUCCAGCCGAUCCUGCUGCGCUACUGGAAUCCCUGGGCGAAGAAGGACGCCGAGGGCAAUGUGAUCAACAAGGCGCCCGACUUCCCCUUCGAGUGCAAGGGCGGCGUUUGCCCCUUCGUGCCGGGGGCCAAGAAAACCCCGACAAGCGCCAGUGAUGCGGAUGCCACGGAUGCCAAGGAAUGCAAAGAGUCCUCCGUAUCCGAAAAUCCUUACGUGACGGAGGCGGCGGCGGAAGCCAAGAAGGAUAUCUAGUCGAAAUGUUCCAAAUACCAAAACUAAAACUUUUUUUUUGACCUUGUUCAUAAGCCUAGAAAAAUGACGCACACUACACACAAAGAAAAACAACACCAAUCCAACGUGCGAUGUGUGGUGGGCGGCGGUCGGUUGGGGGGCGUGGCCGCUGGGGCGCACCAAGAAUGCCCAUCGAAUUACUCGAACUUUAAUUAAAUGUACACCUUGACCACGCGAAACAGUUGCUCUUUUCCUGCGGGUUCCUCUGCGGUAAAAGGUUAACUUCACACAUUAGCCAUUAGCCACAAUAUAUGUUUAUGUAAAUGUUACACAUUAUUCCAGGUGCAUACUGUUGAAAACUGCUAAAUAAUUCGCGUUUUUAACAGUUCGUCAAUGAAUGAAAUAAAUAAAAUGAAAUGAAAUAAA